GCGGCACCGGAGCGGGACAGGAGGAGGAGGAGGAGGAGGAGGAGGCGGCCGGGAGGCGGCGGCCAGGCCAGCGGGAGGAGGAGGAGGAGGAGGAAGGACAGGAGGAAGGACAGCAGGAAGGACAGCAGGAAGGAGAGGCGGCGGGAGCUCGGCAUGACAUGACGGCCCCGCUCGGGCUCCCCCCGCGCUGGCCCGACGCGCUCGGCUGCCGCUGCGAGGAUUCCCCGCGGGACAAACCGCGCAUGGAGAGCUUGGGACACUGCCGGGAGAUGAUGCCGCACUCCGCGCUGCCUCCGCCGCCUCCUCCUCCUCCUCCGCCGCCGCCCGCCGCCGCGCAGGGAGCCGCGUACGCGGAGCUGGCGGCCGCGGAACCGGCGCGGCAGUGCCCGUCGGGGGCGGCGUCGGGAGCGGCGCUGGGUUACGGGUACCCGUUCGGGGGGGGUUACUACGGCUGCCGCCUUUCGCACGGGGUGAACCUGCAGCAGAAAUCCUGCGCUUUCCACCCGCCCGACAAAUUCCCCGAGGCGGGCGCGCCCCUGGCCGAGGAGCUGCCGGCCCGCGCCAAGGAGUUCGCCUUUUACCCGGGAUUCCCGGGCUCGUACCAGGCCGUGCCGGGCUAUUUGGACGUGUCGGUGGUGCCGGCGCUCGGGGCGCACCCGGAGCCGCGACACGAGGCUUUGCUUCCCAUGGAAGGCUACCAGCACUGGGCCCUGUCCAACGGCUGGGACGGGCAGGUUUACUGCUCCAAGGAGCAACCGCAGCCCGCGCACCUCUGGAAAUCACCGUUCCCAG